CGUGCGGCCUGCUAUCUCAUCAUGGGUGAGGAAGGACAAGGAAGUGAUGCAGUUGACGUCGAGAAAUAUUUCGACAAAGUUAUGAAGAAAGUAAGCCACAAGUGGGACGACCUGGCCCGGGAGCUGGGGUUCGACCGAAACGAGAUCAAAGGAAUCGCGACCACAGAACCCAGCCCUGACCACAGGUGCCGAGAGGUGCUGGAUCGGUGGAGAAACAGGGAGGGAAGUGGAGCUACUCUACAGGUUCUGAUGCAGGCUCUCAUCAACAUUGGUGAACGGCUGACUGCGGAGAGCUUAGAAGGCAACAAACCCAGAAAGAAAAGGAAAAGAAAACGGAAAAAGAAAGCAGAGCAGAUCCAGGAAGAAGACUCAUCAGAGGAGUCAUCUCUGGUGGGGAGUGACGCUCACGCUGGACCUGUCCCCAGCCGCACGUAUUUCCCACCUGUUGUCAAAGCUGUUGGGUCUUCAUGGGUGAAGUUUUCAGAAGAUCAACUGGGCCUGACAGCACAGGACAUACACGCCAUCCAACUCAGACAGCCUUACAGUAAACAGCAGCAGGCGCUCCAGGCCCUGGAGCUGUGGAGGGACAGGCGCGGCAGGAAGGCCUGUAGGGUCAAGCUGGCACAAGCUCUCAGGAGGGGAGGAUUUCAGGACACUGCAGACGAGCUAGACAGAUACAUAGGUCAAGACAUCACUACCAAUGGGAUCAGCACAGAGGAGCCUGCGUGCAUUCCUGACCACAGCCUACAAUGGAAAGUGCACCCUCAGAAGAAGAGGAAGACACAAGAUUCAUGCGGAUGUUCAGUUCAGUUAAAACAGGAAUCAAAACAGCUCGACCAUGACAAACGUACUGAAUCAAAUGGCACGAACACAGUGGUCCAGGGAAAAGAAGUCAACGGCGACGGAACACCGUAUCCAAAUGGGUGGAAUGGCAAUGGCUGUGACACAAACUCGACAAGUCAGCACUAUGGAGCAUCGAGUUCAACUAGUGGGGAAGAAACAGAGUCUGACAAAGUACUUUCUUCCACACAACAAGCAAAUGUCGGACUGGAACGAAGACGGAAACAACAGGAUAGAAAGAGGAAACAAAAGAGAAAGCCGGGUAAACUGAGUAUGGCUGCAGGACAACAAAAAAGGAUAAAGCUGGACCCUGAGACAAGGAGGACAUCUGAGUCCAUAAAAGAUGAAGCGGAGAAGAAUGGUUCAUCGGCUGCCAAACAUGGCUGCCAUCCUGAUCAGACUGUGCCAAAUUUUUUACUUGAUGACAAAAACACCAUUUAUCACACUGUUGUUGAGAAUGCUGAGAAAGUUUUUGACAAAAAAACUGUUCAGGAUUAUCGUGAAUUUCAGAAAUGCGUAAAAUCACUGAAGGAAAUUGCUUCAGCUGUACCUGAUGAUGAUAGGUAUAAACCAAAGCUUACGUCUGGGGCAAAAUUGAAAAUAAAGAAAAGAGUUAAUGAUAAGAUUGCAGAAGUAGCUCAGGUAAUUUUCAGAGGUAAAAUACUUGAUCGGAAAAACAGACAAUCAUAUCACAAAAUGGCGAAGUGCUUCAAACGAUUCAAAGCCGCACUGAGAAAAGCAGAGGCAGGAUGUGUGUUUUGCCAUCUUGACUUCCCUGAUGUCGGCUGCUAUGACACAUUUUGGCGAGGCUACAGUGACGGGAGCCUGUCUGACACCCUGACCCGGGAACUGAUCACAGACGACAUGAGGGCAGCAGAGGGAGGAGCAGACUUGUACAUACAUGUCCGAGUCUUGGACUCUGCUACAGAGGACGGAGACUUCUCGGACCAGGGUAAGUCAUCUUUAGACAUGACAUCAUCUCUCUACCUUGAUAUUUCAGGGUAUGUCAUCUCCUGAUAGUCCUGAGAGUACUGUUGUAAAGCAGGGACGAUUGUAUACGAUGGUUACGCUUUAGAACGAAGUAAGUGUAGCUUUCUGAUGUUUU